GUACCAAUGUUGUUCUACUUCAUGCGCGUUCUCGCUGACAGAAAAAAACAAGCUACAGUUUUCACUUGAAGGUUAAUAAUAAUGGCGACGGCGAUAUACCUCGAACACUAUCUCGACAGCAUUGAAAAUUUGCCGUGUGAACUACAGAGAAACUUCACCCUGAUGCGGGAGCUGGACAACAGGACAGAGGAAAAGAAAGGAGAAAUCGAUAAACUCGCUGAAGAGUACAUUACAAAUGUCCGGAACCUCGCGUCUGAGCAACGGGUGGAGCAUCUGCAGAAGAUUCAGAGUGCUUACAGCAAAUGUAAAGAAUACAGUGAUGACAAAGUGCAGCUUGCUAUGCAGACAUAUGAAAUGGUUGAUAAGCACAUUCGAAGGCUGGACGCAGACCUAGCUCGUUUUGAAAAUGAGCUAAAAGAGAAGCUGGAUGUCAGUGGUUAUGAGAGUCCUGAGAGUAGAGCACUAAAAAAAGGAGGAGGAGGAGGCAGCAGAGGGCUUAAGGAUAAGCGAGGAUCCAAAGGCAGAGGAAGAAAAUGCUCAGAUGAAGACUCACCCAGAAAGAAAAAAAUAAAAAACAGUGCUGAUUUUCAGGAGUCAUUGUUGCCAGUGCACCCAUCAGAUGUCCUGGACAUGCCAGUGGACCCCAACGAGCCCACAUACUGUUUGUGCCAUCAAGUGUCAUAUGGAGAAAUGAUUGGAUGCGACAAUCCUGAUUGCCCAAUAGAAUGGUUUCACUUUGCAUGCGUGGAUCUCACAACAAAGCCCAAAGGAAAAUGGUUUUGUCCGCGGUGCACUCAGGAUCGGAAGAAAAAAUAAGAUUUCUAGCUAUGACUUUUAUACGCAACCGUAUGCAUAUAAUGUAUGUAUUUUGUCUAUGUAGUAAAAUAGGAUAUGUACAGUAAAUAUAUAUAUAUAUAUAUCACUUUCUAUAUAACAAAGAUCAAGGAAAAGAGGGUCACAAUGAAAAAAAACUUUUAUUUUUUAAUGUC